AUGUCGGGUGCUGCCGCCUCCAGCCCCUCCUCUGCCGGGUUUCUCCCGGCCUCGCUCGCCGCCCUACUCUCGCUCCCGCUUGACUCGGCCACCAUGCGGCCGCCGCAGCUCGGGACCAGGAGCGUUGGCUCGUUUUUCUCCAACAACUCUCCGGCUCCUUCAUCGCCGGGGCUUGCGCUGACGGUUCAUACGUCGAGCGCCUCUUCACCCGCCCCGUCGUCCGGCGUCAUCGCGCCUCUGGCCUUCGCGCCUGAGGCCACCUCGUCGGCUGUCACGGCGGGCCUCAUGCCAUCCGCGCCUCAGGCGGGAUUCACUCUGGCAGCGCCCGUUGCCUCCCUCUACGGGGCAUACUCGCCGCCGCCGCCCGCGGGUUCCAAUCCCGUGGUCCCGCCCGCGCCGCCCGCCCCUGCCCCCAUGGCGUACGCGCCUCCGGCAGGUGCCUCCACGGGAUCGUUGCCUCCACCGUUUCACUUCGGCAACCUCAUCACCGUCAAGCUCUCGUCCGACAAUUACAUCUUCUGGCGUGCGCAGGUUCUUCCGCUCCUUGGGAGCCACUACUUGCUUGGCUACGUCGACGGCACUUUUCCUUGCCCUCCCGCGCUGGUGGACAGUGUGAACGGCCCGGUUUACAACCCGGCACACCGUGUCUGGACGGGGCAGGACCAGGCGAACCUCUCCUCCAUCCAGCGUUCGCUCACUCCGGCUGUUGCCGGGCUCAUCGUCUUCGCGAAGACUUCCCAUAAGGCUUGGACCAUCCUUGAGCGCUCUUUUGCGUCACAGUCACAAGCCCGGGUCAGUGCCCUCCGUCGCGAGCUUGGCGCCUGUGAGAAGCUUGAUUCCACGGCAACGGAGUUCUACAACAAGGUCAAGGCUCUUGCUGACACAUUGGCAUCCAUUGGACAGCCGCUUACCGAUUCUGAGUUCAACUCCUUCAUCGUCAACGACCUCGACGAAGAGUAUGAUGGCUUAGUUGAGAUCAUUAAUGAGCGCGGCAACACGACCCCCAUGAUGGCGCAUGAGGUCUACUCUCGGCUUCUUCUUACUGAGCAGCGCGUUGAGGCGCGCCGUGCCAACCGCAGUCACGGCUCCUCCUCCGCCAACGCGGUCACCGAGGUGGUCGCCCCUCCGGCGGCGCUCAGUCCUCCGCCUCGGGCAAGGGGCCCGCGCCGCUCCCUCCGGCCUCGUCCACACCCACUCUGA